AUGUCCCUCCACAGCGUCAAUUCCGAGACAUCCCCGACAGUGAACUCACACCAAGAUGGCUCCAGCAAACCCAGCGCGCUAGCAUGCACGGAAUGUCGCCGAAAGCACGUCAAAUGCGACGCCGGAUCCCCUCAAUGCAUGCGCUGCCAGACCCAGGGACUGCGAUGUCGCUAUGAACCAUCGCGACGAGGCCUGAAGCGACGAAAGCUUCACCAUUUUGCUUCACGCUCUCCAGGAGACUUGUCAACGACGGGCGCGUCAACGGAUUCAACUCUGAGAGCUGGUCGGCGAGAGCCUGAGCAAAUCGUCUGGGAUUCCGCCGAUCCUCACAGUGCUCUCACAGACCUCCAACCCUCCGUUGAUGGGAAUGAUUACCCGUGGAGUGAGCCAAGCCUUGCAGAAUGUCUUCUGCAAAGGGCGCAGACCGCUAGCGAUGAGACUGAGCCGGUAGAGGACGACACUCUUCUCAUCAAUCUUUUCUACACAAACUUCUUUCGAGCACAUCCCUUUCUGGUGCCUCGAGCGCUCUACACGUCACAGAAUUACCCUCCAUACAUGAAGUUGGUCAUUCAUCUCAUCGGCUGCCAUUAUUCCGGAACGAUAUGCAGCGAGACGAUGCAAGGCAUGGCAGACGAUGCACUGAAGAAGGCAUGGGACCGAGGAGAGCGUAACUUUGUGCUCGUCCAAGCUCUUCUGCUCUUUUCCAUGAUCCUUCAUGCGCGCUGCGUAUACGACAGAUCCCGCUCAAGCCUCUCUGAAGCUAUCUCUCUCGCCCUGGACCUCGACAUGCACCGCAAAUCAUUCAGUGUCACCCACUCGGCUGGAUCUCCAGUCGUGGAAGAAAGCAUUAGGAGAACUUGGUGGGAGCUCUACAUCACAGACGGCUUCAUGGCCGCGCUCGACCACAAGCCCAACUUUCGAUGCAAUUCGGUCAAAUCAGACAUGCCUCUUCCGUGUGAGGAGUUUCUAUACUCGGGGGAACCGCUGUUAUUUGAACCUUCGACGCUUGAACAAUUUGAGUCGAGGAUAUACACCAAUGACGACCUCCCCUUUUCGUCUUUCGCGUACCGCAUAGAGGCUGCCCAGCUCUUCGCUCGCGCGCUGUCGAUAGCCUCGACUCAUGAAGUCCAUCGUGACCAGAUCCAAAAUGUCGACAAUCUCCUGGCUGCCUGGCCGCAUCACCUGGGCGUUGGUAAAGCAGAGCCUGUGGAUUCUACAGGGGGUGUGGAUCAUACGCUCCUCCAAGCACACGCUGUCGUCGAGUACACGACCAUGUACCUCCACUUUCCCCGAAGUGAUCUUGUAGGUGUCAUCGCAGCGGCGUCGGGAAUAAAGUCUAGCCUGGAUCUAUUACCGACCUACUCAAGGUCAAUGCAUGGUAUCAAAGCAGUCGAGGCUGCCAAGCACUUCAUCGACCUGGUUGGUCUAGAAUCAUCAGCCCUCAAACACAGUCCCUUGAUGCUCAAUGGGUUGCUUCUUAGCUGCACCAUUCAACUAUCCGCUUCUUCACUACGCCCAUCUCGAUAUUCCGACCAAUUCCACAGUCGUCUGUGCCUGAGUCUCGGCAUACUAAAAACACUGUAUCCGGUUUGGGCUUUGGCUCGAGAGGUUUCGGAUGGCAUCAGGUCAAUGGCUAACCAGGCCUUGCCCAGGGAGAAAGACAUGUCGUCGGAUUCAGCUCUGUCUCUCGUUGAUAGUGGGAUUAAUGUGAGCUCACUGGCAGAGGUGGACAUGGCAUUCUCUUGGAUGGAUUUUCCACCGCAGUUACCGGCGAUGUCGGAGCAAGACGAGCAGAAUCCAGGCAGUUAG